UUACAUCAAAAUUUAUUAAAACCAUUUUUCAACUUCGCAAACAAAUAAAAGACACCUUAGUAACUGAAAUAAGAAUUACGAAUGAUACGAUUAUAUGUUAUAAUCAUGAAGGUGAACCUGUUCUCUUUGAAUUCUCUCAAGAGAUUACCACCAUUUCAUUAGAACAAGCCCGGAUGUCAUUGUAUUUAAAUGACUUAAAAAAAAUUGAUAUUCCUACCAGGUCUCUCGAAGAAGUAUAUGGAGAAACCUGGGAAGAUCAGGUCAUAUAUAUUAGGGAUAAGAUGCGUCAAAAUCGUCUUGAUCAGGUCUCCCUUCUUCAAUGUUAUUAUCUUUUGGGAGAAUGUGCUUAUCGUUAUAUAUGGAAAGCAGCUUCACGCGUAUAUCAAUUGUAUCAUACCCGGGGUACUCAUAACCUUCUUACUGUUCAAAAUAUUACUACCAAUGCUUUAUUACGAUUGUCUGACGAAAAUUUUAAAGUAUUGGUAGAAGAGACAUGA